GAGGGGGGGGGUGGGGGGUUGUUUUUAAUAAAGGGGGGAAAUAAAUUUGUAAGACGCAGAGAUGUUGGGGGGUCGCGAAGUGACUGAGACCUUACACUACUCAGUGGGGCUCCUUGGAAUCUCUGCAGGGUCCCUGUUGUUGGCUGUGCAGCAUUACAGCACUGCCCUGAUCUCCAGCUCCAGUCUGGGCAUUUUACUGCUCAUCACAGCGGCUCUGUUGGCUUAUGUCGGCGUCAGGAAGAGCCGAGCCUCGCUCUUCGCCAACCUGUGCCUGACGCUGUCGGCGCUGUGGUGCGGCUCCGGCCUCGUCCACCUCCUGGUCGGGCAGCGGGUGGUGGCGGGCGAGGCCGCGGUCCGGGAUGCGCUGGUGCCGGGCCUGCUGGCCAGCGCGCUCGGGCUGCUGCUGCUGGCGGCGGCCUCGCUGCUGGCGGGCCGGGCCGUGCUGUCCGGCCUGUGCCUGGCCCUGGCCCUGGCCCUGGCCCACCGCGUCGCCUCGCUCUACCGCCCGGCCUUCGGGGGCUCGGCGGCGGCCGCCUGCUACCUGAUCGCCGCCUGCCUGGGCCUGUACGCCGCGCUGAGCCGGGGCCUCAAGCCGAGGCCGGGCGGCGGCGGGGGCGGCGGCGGGGUGAAGCCGGAGAGCGGCGAGUCCCCGGCGCUGGCCUCGGGCCACCUGCUGAACGUGCUGUCGGCCGCCGUGUUCGGCUGCCGGGUGCUGGGCAUCACCUCGGCCCUGUCUGUCGGGCAGGUGCCGUGGCUGUGGACCGCGGCCGCCCUGCAGCUCGGCCUCUGCGUCAUGGCGUUCCGGGCCGCCGACCCGCUGUGGGCCGCGGUGCUCGGGCUGACGGCGACCCUCAAGGCGGCGGAGGGCUACUCGCUGCUGCUGCCCGCGGUCUGGCCCGAGGCGGCGGCGGCGGCCUCGGCCUCGGGCACGGGGCUCCUCACCUCCCCGGCCUCCGCCCUCGCCCUCCUGGCCGCCCUCUUCCUGGCCCUGGCCCUGCUCACCGCCGCCCUCCGCGGCCCGCUCCAGGCCGCCGGCCCGCUCUCCUUCGUGGCCUACAGCCUGGCGGUGGCCGCGGCCCGGCCGGCCAGCGGCUUCCUGCACGGCGGGCCUCAGGGCACCAGCCUGGCCGUGCUGCUGGUGGCCGCCUGCCUGGCCCUCGUCCACCUGUGGCCCGGCGGCUUCCCCGCCCGCCUGACCGGGGCCCGGGCCUCGGGCCGGCUGGUGGCCGCCCUGAGCGGCCUGAAGCUCCGGCGGCCAGAGGACUCGCGCGCCCCGCGCCUGGGCUACGCCCGCUACUCGGAGGCCGAGAGCCUGGCCCACGCCUGCAGCGCCCUGGCCGCCUUUGCCCUGGUCUCGCCCGGCAUCGUCGGCGUCUCGGCCGCGGGGCCCCUGACUCUGCCCUGGGUGGUCGUGCCCGGAGGUGCGGUCCAGCUCCUGUGCGGCUCCAUCGCCUUCUCCCGGGGCAAGACCCUGGAGAGCUCGGCCUUCGUCCUGUACGGCGCCAUGUGGGUCGUGUGGGGUCUGACCAGGUUCGGGGGUCUGUACGGCACGGCCCGAGGCUUCCGGGUCUCGCUGGGCAUCGUCUGCUUCCUGCUGUCCAACUGCUUCGUGGUGGUGGGCGCCGUCUUCCUCAACAAGAUGUGGUUGGCCUUCUCGCUCGCCUUCCAGUUGGUGCUGAUCAGCUUCCUCCUGGACGCCGUGGGCGCCAACCCGUACGGGUACGACGUGGGCGUCGGGGUCGUCUUCGGGCUGGUCAGCUUCUACUGCUUCCUCGCCACGCUCUUCAACCAGAGCUUCGAGAGCCCCCGGAUGCCGGUGGGCAGCCCCCUGGUCAAGCUGAGCGGCUACCGGCAGCCCGGCUCCGAGUGCCCCCACCUGCAGUCGAGAAAGGCCUCUUCGGUGGCACAAAUCGCGGAAAUCAUGAAGAACGGAGGUGCCUGUGGUAUACCAACAGACACUGUGUACGUGCUGGUAGCAGCCUGCAACCGACCAGAUGCUGUGGAAAAGGCUUACAACACAAAGAAGCAAGCCAAAGAAAGACCAAUGUCCUUAUGGAUCUCCAACUUAUCACAGCUGGAACCAGCAAAACAUCUGUUCAGCCCACUACUGUGGGACUUCAUGCAUACAGUCUGGCCGUCUUCAAUCAGUUUGGUUAUCCCAAGAGGUCAAUGGCUGGACUGCUUUGGACUGAAAAAUGCUGCUAAAUAUAUAGGAACGCCUCAAAGUAUUGCCAUUAGGAUUCCGGACUGUGCUGUUACCACCCACCUCAUUGACCAGGUAGGGCCCAUAGCAGUGACGUCAGCGAACCCGACAGGAGAAGCCGACACCACUCACCACAACCAAGUGUACUCCAAACUCGGAAACAAGGUGGAUGGAGUACUGUGCGAUGGCCCUUCACCUGAGAACAUCGCCUCCACAGUGGUGGACUGCACCAAGAUGGAAUCCGGCACGCUAGGAUUCUUUAGGGUUGGUCUUGUACCCAAGUCGGAGGUCUUGCAGCUGUUUGAAAAAGUGCAGAAGAGGCAUAUGAAUGGUCUCUCUAAUGGCAGCUUCAGCCAUCAACAGCCUGAUCUUGACACCACCCCGCAACAACCACACAAACGCCACAGCCCCAACGCCACAUAUGAAAACCAAGCCUUCGCUGUAGAGGAAUAUGAUGAAAAAAUUUAAUCGAGAGGCAUUUAUUUAUUAUAUGUUUACAAAUUGUCCGUUCUGUGUUGAACUCCAUAGCUGUUGUGGGACAUUGCUGUGCACAACUGGUUGCCCUGUUUCACCCACAAUACACAGUCACUCCGCUUUACAGUAUAUCCUGAGAAGCACUUAGUGAUGUCUCAAUGACAACAAUCAGGUAAAAUGGAGAUUUCUUCAGCCUUUGGUCGCAUUCACCACACUGACCCAAAUGGUAUUCAAUAUUAAAUUAGGCUGUGAUAGUCACUGCAUUUCACCUAUUACGAAAAAGUGAAAGCUAGUGUGUGGUCUGACAUUUUCUCAUUAUUGGAGAUGAGAUGUUGAUUUGUGGGAAGAAUUCUUUGCUCUGAACUCCUGGAUCGCAAGCGGAGGAAUAAGUCUUAGAGAAUGAAGCCAUGAACAUGGUACGGAAACCAAAGUAAAAUUGAACAAAUGAAAGGUUCUAACUUGUCAUAUUUCAUCAUAGAGUGUAAAUAAUAAUAUGUUUUGUAAUAAAUAAUAUAUGCACUUU